AUGGCCAACAAGAAUGUACACAUCAAUACGGUAUCAACUGGAAGUACCAAUACUGUUGAGCUUGCUCAGCCGACUCCUCGUCCUGCCGUACAAGCGGCUUCAUUAGAUCCCAACCUGGUAACGUGGGAUGGCCCUGAUGAUCCAGAAAAUCCCAAGAAUUGGCCGACACGUCGGAAAUGGACGUCCCUUCUCCCAAUGUCAUUAUUCAAUUUCUUGUCUUCAAUAAGCUCAGCUACCAUGGCCCCAGCAUUGUAUACUAUCCAACAAGAACUUCACUUCGAAUCGACCGUCCUUGUCGUCUUGGCUCUAUCAGUAUUCUUGUUAGGCACUGCGAUCGUACCCCUUUUUACAGCCCCACUGUCGGAAGUUUUUGGGAGAUCGAUAGUUCUUCAAUCAUGUAAUCUGUUCUACAUUACAUUCAAUACUCUUUGUGGUGCCGCGAAGACUCCGAACCAACUGAUAGCUUUCCGUUUCCUUGCUGGCUUGGGUGGAGCGGGUCCAUUUGCUAUUGGAAGUGGAAUCAAUGCGGAUUUAUUUCGACCCCAAGAAAGAGGCCAAGCCAUUGCAGUUUACGUGCUCGCACCUCUUGUUGGGGUUGUCGUUGGUCCUAUCGCGGGUGGUUUCUUGGUCCAGUAUACAUCAUGGAGAUGGUGUUUCUACGUUGUUUCGAUAGCUGGCGCUGCGGUACAAAUUGUUGGACUCCCAUAUUUCCGCGAGACAUAUGCUCCAGUUCUUUUGCAGAGAAAAUGUAAACGGUUGCAAAAAAGCACGCAAAACCCAGAUUUAUACACCGAACACGACAGCGUAUCUAUGCCAGAGCUACUACGUAUUAGUGCCAUUAGACCCUUCAAGCUGCUCGGAACUCAACCUAUUGUUCAAGUCUGGAGUUUGUAUUGUGCAUACCUAUGGGGUAUACUCUAUCUCCUGAUUGCCACCUUCCCGAAUGUCUGGACGGAUACUUACAAGGAAUCUAUUUCUAUUGGGUCACUUAACUACAUUUCAUUAUUUAUCGGAAUGGGUCUAGCUUCGCAAGUUGGGACGCGAAUUGCCGAUCGAUAUUAUGCGAAGCUGUGCGCAAAAAAUGGUGGACAAGGCCUUCCAGAAUUUCGUCUUCCUAUUCUCAUCUUCGGAGCUUGUAUCAUACCGGUGGGGUUAUUCUGGUACGGAUGGAGUGCCCGACCCAACGUUCACUGGAUUAUGCCGAACAUUGGCGCGGCCAUUUAUGGUGGAGGAACUGUCCUCGAAAUACUUUGCGUUAUGGGCUAUAUAAUCGACACAUACCAAAAGUAUGCAGCAAGCGCCAUGGCCGCUGUCAUCGUCCUACGAAGUAUUUUAGCUUUCGCAUUGCCUCUAAUUGCACCAAGUCUAUAUAAUAAUCUUGGUUAUGGCUGGGGUAACAGCCUGCUGGCAUUUAUUGCAACAUUUAUUGGGAUCCCCGCUACCAUUGCUUUGCGGUACUAUGGUCCAGCCCUGAGGAAGCGGAGUACAUAUGCGAGAGACGAUUGA